AUGGCUCACAGGGUAGCCCCCUUCCGCGCCGUGACGGAACCGGCUCGUGAGCGCGAGACUUACAGCACCACCCGGUCACUCAUCUCGCUGUUUGACGAGAACUUCCAGUACAUCAUCGCCGAAGCAACGCCCACCCUACCUCUGGUGCCCAAUCUCCGAUCUGAGGAUCGCAAUGAGGACUUGUUCCAUUGUGGCACAGCCAUCCCCCGAGGCCAUGGCGUUUGCGAAGCCAGCCUCUAUGAGAUAGAGCCAUCCCAAUCCGACGCCAAGCGAGAUCCGACCGAACUCCCCAUCAACCUGGUCCACGACCUCAACGCCGAUCCGCAGUAUUCUAGCAAGGCUUACGGCCAGCCAGGUGCUUCCAGAUUUUACGCUGCUGUUCCCAUCCGGACGCGUAAGGGAAUCAACAUAGGCGUGUACUGCGUCAUGGAUACGGAUCCACAUGACGACUGGAACGACCAACACUCCCAAAUUCUACGAAACAUCUCCAAAGCCAUCAUGCGGUACCUCGAAGGAAACAAAGCAAGGUCUGCCCACAGGCGCAGCGAGCGUAUGAACCGAGGAAUUGGAUCUUUCAUCGAGUCGAAAUCCACCAUGUCGGGGUGGAGGCUUGGACCCCACGCUGGAGCCUUCGAGGACAACGCCAAACUCGAGGGUGCCCUGAACGUGAAACAACAGGCACAUCAAGACCAACAGAUUCUACUGGCGCAUCAAGAUGGUUCUCAAACCGGAUUAACUGAACCCAACAGCGGCCCAGGUGUAUCACGGACUGGCCAGGCAGAACACGAGCGACCAGACCCAACAAGCCCAGGAUCCCCAGCGCCCGUACCUGCCUCGAUUUCAACUGAAUGCUGUACCGAAACAGCCACAAUAGCACCAAAAGCCAAUGAAAACCUUCGGCAAAGUGCCAUCAACCUCAUCUUCUCAAAAGCUGCCAACCUAAUUAGGGAGUCUAUUGAGGUAGAAGGCUGUCUCUUUCUCGACGCAUCCAUAAGAUCAUUUGGUUCUCUGGGCAGCCCAAUGACUUCAGAUGAUAACGACGAACCGAGCCCCUACUCAAUCGCCUCCGGGGACAGAAGCAGCAGUGGUACUAGCAGCAGUGACGAGAGCAAGGACUCCUCGUCUGGCCAACAGGUAUGGCCGCCCUGUCAAGUGCUUUCCUUUUCCACGUCCGAAAAGUCCAGCAUUGAUGGGGAGGCGAAUUCGACCCUUCACGCGACUGUGGCCGAAAAAUUCCUUGCAACUCUCUUACGACGAUAUCCGAGGGGCAAGAUUUUCUUUUUUGGUGCAAAUGGCGAGCUGCAGUCCAGCGAUUCGUCCGAGGAGGACCAGACCGGGACGCCGAAUCGAAAUAAUGUGCCGCGAAAGAAGUCCCGUCGAAAUCCCUGGGCGCGACAAAAGGAGGGUCAGAUCAUUAUGAAAAUCUUCCCGGGAGCUCGUAGCGUGGCCUUUGUCCCUGUUUGGGACCCAAGGAGAAACAGAUGGUUCGCCGGCGGCUUCAUCUACACCAACGCACCGACUCGCGUCUUCUUGACCGAAUCAGAACUCAGCUACUUGAGGGCAUUUGGAAUGCUGGCCAUGGCGGAAACCGCAAAACACGAAAUCGUUCUUGACGAAAAGGCCAAGUCUGACGCUCUGAGUUCACUUUCUCACGAGUUACGAUCCCCGUUACACGGAAUUAUCCUGGGUGUCGAAUUGUUAAACGACUCGGAACUGACCGUCUUGCAAGGUGAUAUCGCACAUACACUAGAAACUUGCGGUCGCACUCUCAGUGAUACCCUUGAUCACCUCCUCGACUUCUCCAAGAUCAACAACUUCAUGGAGACAACAAAGCAGCAGCAGAAAACAGCUGCUGGCCGAGGAAUUCGGAAGAGCUCAGCCAAAACAAUCGAGGCUGGGAUGAUGAGUCUGACUUCCGUCGUUCGGCUUGAUCGUUUGGCCGAGGAAGUUGUUGAAAGCGUGUUCGCAGGCUACAAUUUCCAACAAUUGUCCAUCUCACAGUUUAGCAGCCACAGAGGCGAGUUUCACGCCGAUGUAACUGCGAACCACCGCAUGGACAAGGUGCGAGCAGAGGAGGUUCUAGGCCCGGCAAAGGUGACGUCGGGCAAACUUCAGAUGACCUUCGGAGACGUAUCAAUCUUCCUCUUGGUUGACCCAUCCUGUGAAUGGGCCUUUCACACUCAAGCUGGAGCCAUUCGUCGAAUCAUAAUGAACCUAUUCGGCAACGCCUUGAAAUACACUGAAAGAGGCAUUAUCAAGGUCGUACUCAGUCAAAGUCAACCCCAAAAGAGGGCUCGCGACGAGGAGAGGCUUGUUACCAUUACGGUUGCGGACACAGGGGCAGGCAUCAGCAAAGACUUUCUUCAAAAUAACCUUUUCAAGCCAUUCACUCAAGAAAACCACCUGGCUCCAGGUACAGGUCUUGGAUUGAGUCUCGUCAAGAAAAUGACGUCGCAGCUGCGCGGGCAUGUGUCUGUCCACAGCAGUAGCGGAGUGGGAACCACGAUCCACGUGACGCUGCCACUUGUGCAGGCGCUGCUCUCACCUGGAGAUUCUUCACCACUGGAUGACGAGCUGGGACGGAAGGUUAAUGAGCUCCGUGGGCUUCGUGUCUGCUUAUUGGGAUUCGACGACCACAACUCUAAUCGUGGGGCUCUGGGCGGAAAUGGUGAAGACCAUGACGGUAAUGCCUUGAUACGAGCAAUCUGUCGGGACUGGCUCCAUAUGGAAGUCGUUUCUGGGCCAGAUGGCGAAGCUGUCACCCCCGACCUUGUGCUGUUGACAGAAGGUGCAUUACCCCUACGAUAUCACAGCCAGGCAUUAUCCAGGUCGCCGUGUGUUGUCGUGUGUGCGAACGCUCUCGUGGCGUACAAACGUUCGACGUCACCUAAGCUGGAUCGAUCUGACUUCGUGGAGUUUAUAUCGCAGCCCAUCGGCCCAAACAAGCUGGCCAAGAUCCUGCACUUGGUAUUCCGACGAUGGACGAAUAUGCAGACAGUUAGCUCCCCGGCUGCCGUAGAGUAUCAAAAACCAGAGUUUGUCUUUCCAAUCGUCCCCGAACUUUCGCCCCCGCUCUCGGAAUCUCCCAGUUUGGAUGGACCGAGCACAGUUCCCUCAUCGAUCUCAAAACCGCUGGAACACUGGCCGCCCGCGCCCCCAUACACAACCGAGUCUUAUCACGAGUCUCAAUCCGCGUUUAAGAAGCUGAAGCUCUCCUCUGCCGAUACGAAGACCGAGUACCUUGUCGUUGACGACAAUCCCAUCAAUCUGAAAAUCCUCUCCUCGUAUCUGAAGAAACUGGGGCAGGAGUACCGGACAGCAACAAACGGCCAGGAGGCCCUCGAAGCGUACAAAGAAUAUCCUGAUGGCUCCCGGUUCAUCUUUAUGGAUGUCUCGAUGCCUGUCAUGGAUGGAUUCGUCGCCAGCAGAGAAAUCAGAGCCCACGAGCGCGAGAAUGGACUCGAGCCUGCGUUCAUUGUUGCGCUUACGGGCCUGGCUUCUGCGGACGCACAGCGCGAGGCUUUUGGCAGCGGCAUGGACUUGUUCCUCACGAAGCCCGUUCACCUGAAGGAACUGAGAGCCAUUUUACAAUCGCAUGGCGUUUGUUCCUGA